AAUGCGAGGCAGAAAGAGAAAUAGUGGCUUUACUAACGCGGAUGUCCGUAAUGUGGGCUUCGAGUUUAUAGAAUAUCUACGGGAGUCGAAUCAAAUAAAUAUCACACAAAGAGAUGAGCUUAAUCGCAUUUAUAAACAUGAAUUCAUAAACAGGUCUGAAGGGAGAGAACCUAAUUUCUCCAAAGUGCUGUUUGUAUUGAGGAACUCCAACCGAGCCCGAGUUACCCAUGACCGACAUGUUUACUUCAACUCUAAUGUGCGAGUAAUAAAGGACCAGUGGUGGAGACCAGAAAGCAGGCAGCCAAGUUUCAGUGUGUUCUCUCAAAGAAAUGCAAGAUCUCCACCAACCCCUGAUUCUCACCAGGCAUCCUCUUCUGCUGGACCUGAUGGUGGUGUUAGAGCCAGAAGAAGCCUGGCUCGAAAGAUCCUUAAGAAGCUUGACAGUGAAAGGUCACAAUUUGUGGCUGAUAAAGAUGGAAUUUUUAUCAGAUCAGAGAAGGAGGAUGUGGAUGGAAAGCUGUGCUAUAGUGUAGACCAGGCAGAGGUCUACGAGUGGAAGCUGUUUGUGGAGAACAGAGGUUUCAACAUGGUAUAUUUCACCUAUUACUCACCCCUUUACUGGAUCGACUGCUUCAUGUUCGAGGAUUCCAAAAAAGUCACCCGCAGCAGUCCUCUGUGCCUCGGCCCUGGAGAGAGUUAUGAGGUCACUAUGAAGUUCAAUUCCAAGAACAUAGGUAUUUACCAGGCUACGGUGGCCUUUGAGUUUAAGCUGAGCAUGCAGGAGGACAUCAAACCGUUUCACAUUGUGCGCUUUAUUGAGGCAGAGUUCAAAACACAGCUGGCUGAGGAGCUAGCUCCCGUCCAACCCUAUACACCCUGUAUGCUGAGCAGAACCCAGCCUGAGAAUUUUACUGUGGAUGAGGGACAAAAACCUGAAAACCUGGCCAUACAGCAUCUCAAUAUUGAAGUCAUACUGGAGCAGUACAAGUGUCCAUCUUACAUCGGUGAGCUGAUUGAGUUUCUGAAGAACCCACGGUCUUACAGGGGCCAGGUCCAGCAAAAGAAAUCACUGCUGGAGUCUCCUUUGGAUUUUUAUAACUAUGCAGAGCGCUUUCAGCUGCUACUUUAUCUGGAAGAAUGUCAAAUGGAGGUGGACAUUAAGACAUAUGACAAGUCCAACGUCCGCAUGAAGAGGGACAAACAAAACAAGAAGCUACUGGUCCUUGAGGUUCCAGGUGUCUCUGAGAAUCGGCCAUCAGUAUUAAGGGGUGAUCAUUUGCUGCUUAGUAAGACCAAAGAUCUCCAGAAAUCAUAUAUAACCAAAUACAAGGGCUAUGUGCAUCGUGUGGAGCUAGACCAGCUCAAGCUGGGUUUUUCCUCAAACCUCUUAGCCAUGUUUAUAGACAACAUGGAGUUUACGGUGGAGUUCACCAUUAACCGGGUCCCACUCAGACUUCAGCAUCGUGCUGUGCAACUGGCUGUCCAGCACAACCUUAAGGAGGUGCUGUUUCCUACGCAGUCACAGAUCCCACCCCCACCUGUCGCCAGAUCUUUAAGGCUGUUUGAUAGGAGCCUGGAGGAGAACCAUGAGCAGUACACUGCUGUGUGUAACAUUGUAGCAGGUGUAUCUAAACCAGCACCAUACCUGGUGUUUGGACCUCCAGGCACAGGCAAAACAGUCACGAUCGUUGAGGCAAUUAAACAGGUGGAGAGGAGUGGGUUUGAUGUUCGUAUUCUGGCAUGUGCUCCCUCUAACAGUGCUGCAGAUCAGCUGUGUGAGAAAGUGCUAAAGCAUGUUGAUGCUCACAGUGUGUACCGGAUGUACGCCAGCAGCCGGAACCCCGACCAAGUGCCUGAAAAUCUGCUGGCUGCUUGUAAUCUGAAGGGUGAUGUUUUUGAGUUUCCCUGUAAGGAAGAGAUAAUGAAGUAUAAAAUCUUGAUUACCACUGUGGUUACGGCUGGCAGGCUGGUCACUGGGGGGUUGCCUGUGGGCCAUUUCACUCAUAUCUUUGUGGAUGAAGCUGGCCAUGCGGUGGAGUGUGAGACUGUUAUUGCCAUAGCAGGUUUGCUGCAUGCUGAGACAGGACAGCUUGUGCUGGCAGGAGAUCCAAAGCAGCUGGGACCGAUUUUAAGGUCACCAUUUGCUAUUCGAUAUGGACUUGGCAUUUCUCUUCUGGAAAGGCUUAUGUCCAAAAACUCUCUCUAUCAGAAAACAGAGACUGGGUACAACAAUCAAUAUGUCACCAAGCUGCUGCGUAACUACAGAUCUCACAGGGCCAUCCUAAAGAUUCCUAAUGAAAUGUUCUAUGAUGGAGAGCUGCUGACAUGUGCAGAUGAGUUUAGCACCAGUUUCUACUGCAACUGGGAACACCUACCUAAGAAGGAUUUCCCUCUGAUUUUCCACGGUGUGAAAGGAAAGGAUGAACGGGAGAUGAACAGUCCGUCUUUCUUCAAUACCAGUGAGAUCACGGUCGUCGUUGACUACCUUAAGAAGCUGCUGCUGACACAGGGCAAGAAGGGCAUUGCUACUAUCUCACCCAAAGACAUUGGCAUCAUUGCACCCUACAGAAAACAGGUGGAGAAACUAAGGAGGGCCAUUAGAACAUGUGAUAAAGAGCUGAGAAGCUACAGUGGCAUUGAAAACCUAAAGGUGGGUUCAGUGGAGGAGUUUCAGGGUCAGGAACGGAGGGUGAUUAUUGUGUCUACUGUCCGCAGCAACAGUGAAUAUGUUGAAAUAGAUGAACAUUUCAACAUAGGCUUUCUUAAAAAUGAGAAGAGGUUCAAUGUUGCUGUGACACGAGCUAGAUCCCUGCUGAUCGUGGUUGGAAACCCCAUCAUUCUGAGCACUGAUCCAGCCUGGUGCAGAUUUAUUGAUUACUGCACUGAUGAGGGAGGCUGUUCUGGUUUUAAUCGGUCUUCUGUUGAGGGUACAGAGGAGGUGCUGGCACGACUCCAGGCACUUAACAUCCACAUAGAGACUGAAGUGAAAACUGAGGAGAGUGGCAUCCAGCUGUAUGUAAACCCAGAGUGGAGGAAUGAACAGUGAUUCUCUCUCUCUCUCUCUCUCUCUCUCUCUCUCUGUCUGUCACACACACACACACACACUUUCUCAAUCACUAUCUCUUAGUAAGGCCUCGCUUUACUAAAAGCACAGAAAAAGAAGACUCCUUUUUACAUUUCGUAAAGCAGAAUAAUUGACUGCGUGUGUUGUCGGUGGGCAUAUUGUGGUUGAUUUAUUAAGCCAAAUUUUAAGCAAUGAGAUUACACAGAAAUCAGCUGAAGAACUGAUUAAGCACUAAAAAAUGAGGAGCAUUAGCCCAAUCCAGAUUUCCACACUUUACAUAAAUCAUGGAUUUCAGUUGCAAGCACUUUGUGAUGUUUCCAUUAGCAUUAUCAUUCUGGAUCGGCAAGGCUGCAAAGCGGCAAGAGUAGAGAAAAGCUAAUGAGCUUAAAUUGUUUUUGUUGUUGUGUAUUUAGUAAUCAGUUAUCAAACUUAUCAACCAAAGCAGAACAUAAUGACACAAUCAAUGCACAUGAACUUCUCAUAGGAUGUGUAUUUUAUUAAUCAUUUACUAGUUGCUUGCUUGCUUUUGGCAUUAAUUUCUAUCUUUUUUUUCCUUUCCUGUCUUCUUUAACCUUAAAUUCUCAAAAGAAUAAGAAUAAAUAAAAAAGAAAAAAAAGAAAUAGAAUUCUUAACAUAAAUUUUGUUUGGGCUUCCUUUUUGUCUAGAACAGAUUCCUCUUUUGUCUUCAACAACUAAUUUCUUCUCCUUAAUUGCUCCUGAUGGACAUACACCAUACACAGUAAAUGAUAAAUGAUUGUCCAUUGCUGAUGUGGAAUUGCACUUGAAUAAAUUCACUGUUGUGAGCACAAAUGUAAAAAUGUAAAAAAAAAAUCUAAAAUUACUUGACUAGUCAGACUGAUGAAGUGUAUUUUAUAGUCUUGAAAUGAAAUGUCUAGGAAUAAUGGUGAAUAUGCUAAUAAAUAUUAAAUUGUUUUAA